AUGGCUGUCAAAAUCGUAGAGAGCCACUCCGUCUCGCCGUCUUCCGGCGCGGCCGCCGAGCAUACGCUCCCACUCUUAUAUUUCGACAUGAUAUGGCUCGACUUCGUUCUAACCGAGACACUCCACUUCUACCCCCUCAAAUGCUCCCAAUCUUUUUUCUUUGAAACCGUCGUUGUCAAUCUCAAACACUCAUUAUCCCUUGCUCUCAAUCAUUUCCUUCCACUAUCAUCCAAAAUCAUCUUCCCUCUCACCUCCUCCGCCAUGCCCGUUUCCUGCUACACCACAGGAGACUCCCUCUCCCUCACAAUCGCCACAUCCGACGAUGACUUCUCUUUCGUAGUGUCCAACCAUCCCAAGCCUGCUCACGAUUUCCAUCAACUCGUCACACAAAUGCCGGCGGCUGUUUACUCCUCCGACGAGAUCAAAUUCAGCUCCUUCGCAAUCCAACUCACCUUGUUUCCGAACCAAGGGAUCUGUAUCGGAUUCACACACCAUCACUCCAUUUGCGACGCCACCACUCUCUCCGCCUUCCUCCACACCUGGGCCUCCAUCAACAGAUCCAACGGCAGCGAUCAGCUCCUCCUCCAUCAGCUGCCUUUCUACGGCCGAGAUUCUGUUCAAGAUUCAAACAAACUAACCAUGAUUCAUUGGAACAAAAUGAAGACGAGUAGGCCGACGGUUUCACUAACACCAGAAUCGCCUUCUGACAAAGUCCGAGCAACAUUCCACCUAACUAAUUCCCAAAUCGAGAAGCUCAAGAGAUGGGUUGCGAUCAAGAAACCUUCAAUAGGCCGCCCCUCAGCUUUCGUCGUGGCGUGCGCUUAUCUCUGGAGCUGCCUGGCCAAGUCGGAGGUGGAAAACGACGACGAUGAGACACAGUACUUAUGCUCUCCGGUCAAUUGCCGCGGGCGGCUUAAUCCGCCUCUUCCGGAGAACUACUUCGGCAACUGCUCGAUCCAAUUGAUUGCUUCUUCAAGCCAUGGAAGACUCAAAGGGAAUGAUGGCUUUGUAGCUGCCGCGGAGGCGGUUGCGGAUGCAGUUAAAAUUGCUGUAAAAAGCACAAGAGUUUCGGAGUUUUAUGAGAAUCGAUCAGAGAUACUUUCGGAGUUGAAAGGGAAGAGAGUAGUUUGGGUUGCUGGAUCGACAAAAGUCGAUCAAUAUGGAGCAGAUUAUGGAUGGGGGCCAGCAAUUAAGUAUGAAUGCGUUCAUACAGACUUUAACGGAACAGUUCAUCUUUGUAAGGGCAGAAAAGAUGGAAUCGACAUGGGCUUCUCAAUGCCUAAGGCUAAGUUGUUCUUUUUUUCCUCUGUCUUUAACAAAUACUUAUUCAUCAAUUCCAAUUUGUAG